AUGUUAUUCAACUAUGGAGUAUUAAUAGUAGAUUGUGCAACAAGUGAAGAUAAGAAAUCAAUUGGUAAUAAUAUAGUGUUGGUACCAUACAAAGCUAUACAUGUAGAGAAAUAUCAUAAAUGGAUGCAAUCAGAAGAGAUACGUGAGUUAACUGCAAGCGAUUUAUUAACUUUAGAAGAAGAGUAUGAAAAUCAACAAAGUUGGUAUGAAGAUUCAAAAAAAUGUACAUUUAUAAUAUUGGAUAAAGAGAAAAUUAAAAAAGAUAAAGAUGGUGAAUUGUUGGUUGAAAGCAUAGUGAAAGAUUAUUUAGAUUCGAUGGCAGGCGAUGUCAAUCUAUUUUGGAAUGAAUACGAAGAGGAAGGCUCCGCAGAGGUGGAAGUAAUGAUUGCAGAACCAAGUUGUCGUAGACGUGGAUUCGGUAGUGAAGCAAUUGAAAUCAUGAUGCACUAUGCAGUGACUAAUCUCUCUGACAUAACCACCCGUUUCAUCGUAAAGAUUGGCGAAUCAAACACAACAUCGAUCCAGCUCUUCAAGAAACUAGGUUUCCAACAAGUAGGACAAGUCAACGUCUUCAAAGAGAUCAACAUGAUCUUUGAACCGAUCGAUCAAAUAAAAUCAUGGAAACAACCCAAUCAAUUAAAAUUAUUAAGUUGGAUUGAAUGA